CCGGGGGGUGGAGGGGGCGCAAGAGAAAUGGAAGGAGGGAUGGAGCAGUGGAAGGUCCAGGUCGAGCGGUGGACCGGCCAGCUCCGCGAGUUGCUCCGCCGCUGCCUCGAGCACGCCCACCAGAUCCCUCCCGCCCAGCUGUACGCCGCCAUCGCCGUCCUCUCCUUCACCACCCUCUUCCUCUUGUCGAUUAGGUUGUUUAAGCGGAAGAAGUCCAGCACCGUCGUGCUCGCCGGGCUCAGCGGAAGCGGCAAGACUGUUCUCUUUUAUCAACUGCGAGAUGGAUCAUCGCAUCAGGGCACUGUCACUUCGAUGGAGCCGAACGAGGGAACUUUCAUUUUGCACUCUGAGACCUCUAAGAAAGGCAAAAUAAGACCUGUUCAUGUCAUCGAUGUUCCCGGGCAUUCUCGUCUGAAGCCCAAACUAGAUGAGGUUUUGCCUCUGGCUGCUGGCAUAGUUUUUGUUGUUGAUGCGCUGGAUUUUUUGCCGAAAUGCCGUGAAGCUUCCGAGUACCUGUAUGAUGUUUUGACAAAUGCAAGUGUUGUCAAGAAGAAAAUUCCCGUCCUCGUCCUGUGCAAUAAGACUGACAAAGUGACUGCACAUACUAAGGAGUUCAUUCGAAAGCAGCUGGAGAAGGAACUUGACAAAUUAAGGGCAUCAAGAAGUGUGAUAUCAGCAGCUGAUAUUGCCAAUGACUUCACUCUUGGAAUAUCAGGAGAAGCUUUUGCAUUUACUCAAUGCCAUAACAGGGUUACAGUUGCGGAAGCUUCUGGUUUGACAGGAGAAAUAACUCAAGUGGAAGAGUUCAUUAGGGAACAUGUAAAGCCCUAACAAUGGUGCACCUUUGGACAUGAGAUGUCUUGUGAACUUGCUGUGAUUAUCAGACGAACAUCGAGAAGCUGUAAAAUUCCUAUGUAGGUGCUUAAGGAAAGAGUACAGUGAAGGAAACUGUUGAGGAUACUUUUUUUUUUUUCAAUCUUUCAGAGGCUUUGAUUGCGAUUGUCCAAAUAUGGUAGAAUUGAUUCUUUCAGUUAGAUGAAUUUCUGAGGCCUUUUAACUGGGUUCUCUUCCCCACGCCGGAAUUUGCCAUGCCUCUUCCGGCUACUGUAAAAUGUCAGUGGACAUGGGGUUGGGGUGUCCAGUUUCUUC